AUGACUUCUCAGCGAUCUCUCCCUGCAGAUGACUUCGGUAUCUACUAUGUCCUUGCAGAGUGCACAGAUUAUUAUGAUACCCUUCCAGUUAAGGAGGCUGAUGGGAGCCAGCCCUGUUCUCAGGGUGUCACUGGCUUGCGGAACUUGGGCAACACAUGCUACAUGAAUGCCAUCUUACAGUGUCUCUGCAGCAUCUCGCCGCUGGUGGAAUACUUCCUCUCCGGGAAGUAUAUCACUGCUCUUCAAAAUGAUUGCAGUGAGGUUGCCACUGCUUUUGCCUACCUGAUGACAGACGUGUGGCUGGGAGACUCAGACUGUGUCUCACCAGAAAUAUUCCGGUCAGCUCUUGGCAACCUCUACCCAGCAUUUUCGAAAAAGACGCAACAAGAUGCUCAGGAAUUCUUGAUUUAUGUCCUAAAUGAACUUCAUGAAGCUCUAAAAAAGUACCACUACCCCCGGAGAAGAUCACACGAGAAAGAUUCUGCUCAGAGAUGCUGCAGGAAGUGGAUUACCACUGAGACAUCCGUCAUCACCCAGCUGUUUGAAGGGCAGCUCAAUUAUAGCAUCGUAUGUUUAAAGUGUGAGAAAUGCACCUACAAGAACGAAGUCUUCACUGUCCUCUCACUCCCCAUUCCAUCCGAAUAUGAAUGCUCCCUUCAGGACUGUCUCCAGUGUUUUUUUCAACAAGACACACUGACCUGGAACAACCAAAUUCACUGCUCCUUUUGUGAAACCAAGCAAGAAACUGCCGUGAGGGCUGGCAUUUCCAAGGCACCCAAAAUAAUUAUUUUUCACCUUAAAAGGUUUGACAUUCAGGGUACAACGAAAAGGAAGCUGAGAACGGAUAUUCAUUACCCACUCACUAAUUUGGACCUCACUCCUUAUAUUUGCCCAAUUUUCCGGAAAUAUCCUAAAUACAAUCUCUGUGCAGUGGUGAACCACUUUGGUGAUCUGGAUGGUGGCCACUACACUGCUUUUUGCAAGAAUUCAUUCACCCAGGCCUGGUAUAGCUUUGAUGACACACGAGUCAGUGAGAUUCCAGAUACUUCCGUUCAAAAUGCUACGGCGUAUCUCCUGUUCUAUAGCUGCCAGCCCUUUUCCAUACCAAUACAAAAGCAUUAACAGCCAGGAAAAUGGUGUUUCCUGAACACUGCAAAACAAGCAAUCAGCAUCUGGUGGUAGAAUUUUGCUUGGUCAUUAAACUUGUAGAACUUACUUGCAUUAUUAACAUUUUUAUGCCUUGUGGGCAUGUUAUGCAACCUUUUAUCUUAAGAUAAGUCUGUCAUCCAGAAGAUGGGUCCUGGGUCACUUAAAAAGGCAGUGUGAAUAUAAUACAGUGCUAAUGGAUGGAGGCCUUCAAAACACUGCAGAUUAUAUAGCGAGUUCAGGUUUCAAAAUUUGGCGUUUAUCAGAAAACAUCUCUUAAUUAUAUAUAUUCAACAAAUUAUUUUCCAAAGAUACUCAUGAAGCUAAACAAAAAUAAUUUUUGUUCAAAUGGCUCUGUGAGUUUAUGAUUUGAAUAUAUCUGAUACAAUAAUUUAGCCAAGAAGUGGUCUCUUACACUAACUGAAAAACAUGAAAAGUUGUCAGCUUCACAAUUUGAACCCAAUCCUUUCAUCUUCUCCUUGAGAGCCUGCUAAUGGUGGUAUCUUUCUGAAGCACUUUUAGAAUGUUAUUUUUGUAUGGAGUGUUUUACUGACUACAUAGGUAGCAACUGAGUCCCUCGGUUAAAUAAGUUAUAAGCUCCUUUAACCCUCUUAAUAUAUCACUCUGUAAAGAUGUCAUUUACAAUGCAGUUCACUUUGCAAUCAUGCCUGACUCCCAGCAUUUUUUACUUUAAUAUUUAGAAUGAAUAUUCUCAAUAUAUGAGAAUACUAAUCUUGAAAGAAUGACUCUGGGUGUUAUUAUAUAGCACGUGUGUAUAUAAAAUCUAUGGUUUUACUGUCCCAUAUUUGAUAAUACAAUAUUAAAGACAACACCCACAGGGUUGUAAAUUAUUUUUCUCAUUAAGAUUUUAAUGUAGCUGUAAAUGAAAUUCUCAUUUUUAAAAAAUUAAAGUUUCCAUUUUAUUUUUUUAGAAUAAAGAUUUAGUGCACAAAUACAGCCCAAAGCCAACAGAAAAAUCGCUUUGCCCUGUCAUUUCCCUAAGAAAGCACUGAAGUUACUCAAAAUAGGCU